AUGUCCUUGUCAGAGAAACCAGCCAUCGUAGACUCCAAGUCUGGCUCUGAGGAACCAGAACUGGAGUCCGUCAAUCAUCCAAUCAACAUCAAGCGUUUGAAGCAGAUCCGCAUUGCACUCUUUGUCUUUACAGCUUUGGUGUUCAGCACUGCUGUGUUCAGUUUCGUGACUGCCGUUUGUUCUGUUCGCAACUCUUUUUUCUCUCACGAUGAUCAUCAUCCUCACUUCAGGAAUCACCAUGGUUUGGACCACGAUAUGCGCAUGGAGGGGUUUCAUGAUGACAGAGAGUUCUUUAGAGUACAUGACGCCCCUCACAGAGCUGAUCGUCCCCACGAGAUGAGGGUUGGCGCGGAGCAUGAAAGACCAUCCAGACUCCAAGAACACCACGAUCGCCCAGAAGAUGCAGCGAGAAUGGGACGCCCAGAUCAUAACCCAGAGGAUGGCAUGUUCAAGAAACAAAUGAUCAAGCCAUGCAAGUCUAAGAAGAAGAACCAGAGACACCAAAAAAGUCACGAAGACAUCGAGGCCUUUUUGAACCAACUGGCUGUUGAUAACCGCAGAGCUGUUGAGAACUUCUUGAACGAGAAGCCCGUCGAGAUCAAAGAUUCUGGUGAUGCUCAUGAUAACGGCAAGGAGCUCCAUAAGUUAGGUAAGCCUGCUAAGCUUGACCAUGAUGAUGAAGUUCGUGACAGGGUAUUUGACCAUAGCGAACCUAUUUUAGUUGGAUUUGACGAUAGGAAAACCGAAGUCGAAGUUGAUGACCUCGAUCUUGAGUUUCUUAUUUAG